GAUUGGUCUAUGAAUAAUUGUGUGGAAAACCUGUCUUUAUAUAUAUGUAUAAAGAUAUAUAAAAAAAAAGAAAGAGAAAGAAACGAGACACAUUUUCUCGAUUGAAUGUAUUACUUAUUGUUAACAUUAACUAUUAACACAUAAUUUUAAAAUAGAGUAGACGAUAUUAUAAAAAUUUAGAAGUUUUCAAAAAAUCGCGCCAUUAAUAGCCUCCUAUUAGUCGACCAAUCAAAAUCGAUCCUUUCCCGCUGGUCAUACAGAUCAAAUCGAUAGAUGGCGCAGUUUAUUGUUGACUUGGAUUAAAAUGGCGAGGUAUAAUGAGCGUACGGGGGCAAUACCGUUAAAUUCCCCGCGAUAAAUGAGCCUGUGCGAGUUCAUAUCAGCUUGGUGUAUAUGCAGAAGCGCCGGGUGUCUCGAGGUAUACCCGGCAUGUUCAGAUAUUUGCGUAUGCUCGAAUCAUGUGAGCGGAACAACGGUGCCACCCGAUCGUGUGUCGUGCGUUGGCCAAGAAGUUUCUGUGGCCAUAUUUACUGUGUUAUUCUUAAAGAAAGACAUUAUAUAUCAUCGUAUCAUACCGGCGAACAUAAGCGAGAUUUUAACAUCUCCAAGCAAGGUUUUACGACAUCGAAGAAGGAAAUAAUAUUUGUUACAUAUAAGAAUAAGUUUAUAAGAUACGGAAAGAACUAGACGACGAUCCGUCGUUCUUUGAUCAUUAGUACCGAACAUUAGAAGUGAACUGUUAGUACACCGUAUUGUUUGGAUAGGACCAAAAGGAAAAGACGUUUAAUUCGAAGGAUGCUCGUCGACUCCAAGGAGAGCGCGCGUGCUUGUUUUUGUUUGCCAGACAAAUACAGAGUUUUUAGCAAUCAACGAUCGUAAGACAAUAGGAACCGUUGUAGGAUAGAGUGGAGAAUUCUUAACAUUGGGACGAAGCUUUUAUGAUCAGUUCAUAUAUAUAUAUCAUAUAUGUAUAUAUAUGAAGAGGUAUAUAGAAUGGUUUUUUCUUAUGUGCAAUUACAAAGAAGAAUGUAUAAAAGUUUUCAUUGAAAGUUAUGUUAUGAUUGAUUUAAAAUUUAUCACCAACGUUUCUAAACGCAAAAAAGCCUGCCGUAAGUGGACUAGGCGGCAGACUAGGCACCCUUGUGCCAAACUUGGGUAAUGGAUCCUGUUGGUCCAUGGUAUGCAUCAUAUAAUCGCCUUGCAUCAACAGCAACUACAGCUAAUACAUUUCAAGGUAUAAAUUCAAGCGCCAACAGUGAUUUUGUAUCACAUCAUUUAACAACUGCUACCAAUCAAGCAGUGCCAUCAACAACAUCGCAAUUACUAUUACAAUCCGCACAUACAACAGCAACUCUGGCGGGACAACCAUCUCCCUUUAACCCAGGGGGGUUUAUGACUCCACCCCCUGUGGGCUACGACGUUUUUUCUCCCUUGUUUCAUCAUCCCAAUUCUAAACAAUCGCCUUAUGUUUCACAACAUCGACAAGUUCUUAGUCAAGUGCAAGCUGUGACCAAACAAAAUACUACUACGGAAUCAGAAAUAUCUCCAUUGAGAGAAAGCUACAAUUCGACUCAUCAAACUUUUUUUGAACAUCAAAACUCAUCUUCUUCGCCCACUGCGUCAUCUCUCGCUUGGACCCAACAAAAUAAUUCGCAACUUCCUCCGAGUCCUUUUGGUAUAUUACCACAUGAAAGUGUUGUUGCAUCUUCCCCUGGACCACCUUCUGCAAAAUCCAACAGCACUGCCUACGAAAAUACAUUUAAUGCUCAUUUUACUGGGACAUCAGCAAUAAACAACAUCAAUUCUCAACUAUCUACUCCUGUUUCAACAGCAGACUUUAAAUCUUCAACUUAUCCAGAUGCAAAAAAGAGUGUAAAUAUUAGACCUCAAUCUCCAAAUGUUAACAUAAAGUUGGUAGUCUCGACUACUCAAGGAGAUAACAUUUCAAGUCAAACAUUUUUCCAACAAGUUCCAACUACGUUUAAUUCAGAAACAUUGACAAAUAAUUACACAACUGGUAAUGGGACUCAAAGUGCAAAUGGUAAGGUACAAGGAUCUCUUCAACAUCAACAAUCAUGCAUUGUCUCCACGCCGAGUAAUACUCCUAGCAAGGAAUAUAGAAUUCCUCAAGCAGCAUCUGUUGGAUCGGCAAGAUCUGUUGGAUCGGCAGCAGUUUUUUUAAAUACACCUGUUAGAUCUGUGUCGUCGCAAGCUCAAGAUAAGCAACCUUUACAAAAUAGUAGUUUUCCUUCUCCACCUAACAAAACUACGUCAACAUCUCAGCAAAGUAUACAGACGAAAGCACAAACAAAAAUAUAUCCCGAAUUAAGCAAUCAUGGCGAACAUAGAAGGAAUGAACAAGCAGGACAUGAUAGUAAUCAAUCAUCGCCUAUCAGUUUUUCUAUCAUGGAUACGCAUAGCAUGAAUUAUGGAACUAAUAAUACUACAAAUUGUAAUAAUAAUAGUGGUAAACUUGCAAGUAACCAAAGGACACCACCAAAUAAUAAUUUACAGUCACAUCCACAACAGCAACAACAGUUUCAUGUUUUAAGUCAACAGCAGCAAUCAGCAACAUCUUAUAGACACUAUGUAACCAAUUCAGCAAACGAUACUGAAUAUCACCAUUCUAAUAGAUCCAAAUCAACAGCAUCUACUGAUUCUGCUUAUUCUUCUAACAAUUCAACUCAAAAUGGUCCAGACUGCAGUGUUGUUGUACCACGAAGACCAAGUCCCUUGCAAGCACAUUCGCAAGCUAGUCCGCUAGGACAUGUACCGAGUCCUGCAUAUCCAAUGUAUAAUAGCCCAAUGGCAACAAUAUCUUCUCCUUCACCAUUGCAACAACAUACUGAAAAUAAUGGAAAUCAAUGUUCUAGCGGACAACAGUACAAAGCAACAGUUCAACAACAAGUUACACCACCUUCGCCACUUGAUGUUACCAUUCCUCGGCCUGCAUCACAGGGUCAAGUUGCAUAUUCUUCGGUGAUAACUAGGGCAUUAGGUACUACAGAAAAUAAUAAACCAACUUAUAAUACGGAAGCUAAAAGUUAUGACAAACAGCAACAACAACAGGACUUCUCUCAAACCCAAAAGCAACAAAUAUGCUGGGAAAAUGAUAAUAAUAGGCAUACAAACGCAAACAGAAAAUUUUCUGUGGCAGUGUAUGCAACUGGUAACACAGAAAUAAAUGCUCAAACGUUACCUAUUCAACAGCAGGUGCAAAGAGUAUUAAAUGUUUCUGAGAGACAGCAACCCUAUUUCGAUUCCAAUCAAGUUACUUUGCAAGAUUUAAGUAGCUGCAGAGGAGAUCCGAUGAGUAUCGUUAAAAAUUUACAAACGUUACAACAAAGUUCCUGUCAAGUACAACAGCAGCAUACAACAUCUACCGCUCUGAGUGAUCAACAAAAACAAGUAGAAGAAAGACGCAAAGUAGAUUCUGCUAACAAAAAGAAGAAAAGUUCCGAAAAGGGAGUAGUUCACGGAUCGACGCUAAAUGAACUUUCAGGAGCAACUAUGGCAGAAUAUUUAAGUAGAAUACCACCUCCUGCGCAUCACAAUACAAAUCAACAACAACAAAAUGGUUACUAUGACUUAGAAAGGUGGAAUUUACCUCCACCUCCGUCUAAAAUUUUUACAGGUGCACCUGCUGCAUUUAGUUCUCAAUCAACGUUACAUCAUUCGAAUAAUUUUGUUGGAAAUCCAGCACAUCAACAUCAGUCAAUAAUGGUACCGCAUCAUCAUGCACCUCCUCCUAUUCCUUAUUUUCCACCUUUCCAUAUACCCCCAGGACAUCAUCCUCAUCAUACCCAUGAAUUUCAAUCUUCUGUUGAUAUAACGCCAAUUAGUUUUGGGGAAAAUGCAGUCAAUCAAAAUUCUAAUUAUAAUCAAGAAAUACGAGACGAUCAACCAAAAGUUAUCGUUCCUAAUAUAGAAGAGGAAUUAGGUUUUCUUCAACAAAAUCAACAACCAUUGCAAACUAUUAAUCAAAUGAACAAAAAUCUGAAACAACCUGGAAAAGAUCCUAAUAAUUCAGGAUUCAUGACAAGUUAUUUGAAAUUUUUACAAGGUGAAAGAGAUCCUUCGCCUCCACCUGCAAUACGAGGUGGUAGAAAGGCAACAUGGAGUAGGUCGAAGCCAUAUAUUCCUAUGGAGCCUAGCAAACCUUCGGAAACUUCUACAAAUGGAGAAACAGUUAAAAUCCUAACUGAAAAAUCAAAUCCUCCAAAGGAAAUGCCAACAAUUGAUUAUGCUAAUGAUCCUAGAUAUUUUCCAUUGCCUAAAGAAAGAAAAAAGCCGAACUUUGACUCGAGCGAUGAUGGAUUUACCAGUGAUGAUGAUUUUCUAUUUCCGCCUAAAAAAACAGAAAAGAAAACAACUACUAAUGCAAUCACUAAUGCAGCAGAUAUUACUACCACAAAACCGGAAGGUAAAUCUAAAAAAGGAAGACCAAUUAAGCCUGGAGGACCAACGGAUAGAAAACGAAAAGCUGCUGCUGCUGCUGCUGCCGCUGCUGCUGCUGCUGCCGCCGCCGGUGCUAAUGCAGUCACGGAAACACCUAUUCAUGCGUCUAGUGGAAAAGCAUCAAAGAAGUUCGAAGAAGUGGAUCCUCUGCUUUUACCUCCAAGACGAGAAACAUCCAAGAGAAAAGCUAAGGAAAAAACGUCAGUAAAACAAUUUUUAGAUAAACAACAGGGUAUAGAUUAUUUUGAUAACGAUGAAGAACAAGGUGAUUCUGAUUCUGAUCCUGCAUGGACUCCGGCAGUCAAAUUAGUUGGAGAUGAAGAAGACAAAAGAAAGAAACGUGGACGACCUCUUAUUACGAAAAAAAAUAAAAGGUCUUUAGAGGAAGAUGGUUAUUCGUCCGGCGAAAUUAUUGUUCCGAAAAAAUCUGGCAGAAAAAGACAUGAUGUAUAUUCGAAAAAUUGUAGCAAUUCUGCUAAGAUAUCGACUAAAAUAGAUGAGAAAUUGGUUACAUCAGCCAGCGACGAUGACAUCGAUAUUUCUCCAUUUCAGCAUUCCAUCAACAAUUUUGAAGAUGUGUCAGGUGAAUUUGUUGUAAUCAAAACAGAUUUAGAUGAAAAAUACCCGGCUCUAUGGAGAAUAGACGGUAAAACGUUGUUGCAAAAAUAUGAGCCAUUUAAAUCCAAUGGCAAGACAUUAUAUAGAAACAUAUCUACGUAUUCUGGUUGGACUCCACAAAAUCGCCAUAUGUAUCAACAAGUGCCAGUUAAAUUUUGGCAACAAUCCAAAUUAGAAACUAUUGUAGAAUUUUUAAGAGACGAAAUGACCAUUGAUGACAGUGAAUGCAUAAAUAAGUUAAUGAAGGACACUGAAAAAUAUCAAGAUAAUUUUGAAGUGUACAUACAAACAUUAAUCUCACAAGCUUUGGAUUCUAAUUUCUUAACUGAGAUAUUCCAAGAGAAAGAUGAUUAUUUCUUAUCCAAUGUAAAGACAGUUGAUGAAGUAACAGAUGAAAGAAAACAACGUCUACUUUCUACCACAAAGUGGCGAUCUGAGUUUAUAACUGCAAUUUCAACGUGGCCGUGCAUUAACGUAAUAAAAGAUUUGCCACCAUCUGAAUAUAAGAACAAACCAUGCGCUGGUUGUCAACAAAUUAAAAUUUAUGCUAGAGUUUUACUUUACGGUCAGCCAUAUAAUAGUACUACAUUGGAAGGCUCGCCUCCUGAUCCAAAAGUACCAUUAGAAAAGGAUUUUUUGCUAUGUCGAGUUUGUCAAAAUAAGGUAGCUUUAUAUAAUAAAGUAGCUCAUCAAAAGUAUCUCAUGUUUUUGGAAUGUGCAAGAAGAGUGACGGAUAAAAGAUCAGCCAAUCCUCAUAAGGAUACAACGAUAAUAUUAAAUGAGCUAUUAGCGGAUGAAGCUUGGUUGAAUCAAUUAUUCAAAGAAGUAAGAAGGAUUUGGGCAAAUAUUGAUAGUAUGGAACAACAAUUAAAAGUAAAGUCAAAUCAAGCGGAAACUUUGUCGUCGUCAUCUUCAUUGUCGUCGUCGUCGUCAUCGUCGUCAUCGUCGUCGUCGUCGACAUCAUCUUCGUCCUCAACUUCGUCUUCGUCGUCAUCUAUUUCAGUAAAUCAUGCAGAAGAAAUGAAAAUUCAUAAUUCAUCUGUGCGUGCAACUGAAGGAUCGACUAAUACUUCAGAUUCACAGGUGCCUAUACAGAACACUGAUAACAGUUUGCUAACGGUGUCUUGUAAUACGCAAAUCAACAGUGUAUCAUCUUAGUGGUGCUAUACAAUAUGGUUUUGUUUGUUAUUUAAACGUCAUAAUAUAUGUGCGAGUAUAGUGGUAUACAUAAUUGUUGAACAAAUGUGUUUUUCUCUCUCACAUUGAAGAAUUCUAUAUUAACAUUUGGGAAAAACUAACUCUGUGAAUAAUAAUUUUAUUUCGAUAAACUCUCUAAAAAUUAAUUAUAAUUAAAGUUUAACAAGGGACUGUAAUUAUAGAAAUGAUGAAAGAGCUGUUGAGAGUAAAUCGAGAUAUAAAUGAAAAUGAAAACACUUUCAACAUGUUGUAUUAUAUAUACAUUUUUAGUCUAGCAAUUAGUCUAAGCCCAAACUUUGCCAUUAUAGUGAUAUCAAAAUAGUGGAAUAGUGGAAUUGAAUUUGGAUAGACACAGGUGUGAAUAUAAUUAAACAUACUUAUUUGUAUCGUGAUAAUCUCAUGUAAAGUGAAGAUACAACGUGAUAAAUCGUAAAAACGUAUGAAGAUAGAACUUUACGUUAACAUGACUAAAACAUGACGUUAACAAUGUGGACAAAGAUUUUCUCUGUAACAUAUUUGCAUACAUCACAUAAAAGCGAUUCCAAGUCCGUGCUUAACAAUAAACGGCGAAAGCUGUUCAAAUAUUUGUUCCUGUACGUAUACAUUUUUAAACUUAAUAUGUAUUUUCUUUUUUACUUUUGCAAAGUAGUUGCUAUUUAUACGAUUGGCAAGUUAACUAAUAUUUAUGUAAUAUUUAUGUUGUGUACAUACGUAUAUUUACUAAGAACAAAUAAGCAUAUAAACAAGAUUUCAGGUGUAUCAAAUAGGUUCAAAGUAUCCUAAAGUGUUUUGAAGAAUUACACCUUUAGAGGUAUGUUAUUAGUACCAUGAUUUCAAAAACAAAAAGAAAUUAUGUUUAAUCUAUAUCAUUUUUUCAAGUAUUAAAUAUUUUUUCAAUAAAUUUAUGUUUUUUGCUAUACGCAUUAUAAUACUUGUGCAUUGUAUAUCUAAGUCUGAUUUUCGUUGCAAUUAUUAUUAUU